UCCCCCUCUCUUUUUAGUACAUUAUCCAAUUAACAAACCACCUCUGCAAUUACAAGAGCAAUAUCUCUCUCUCUGUCUCUCGCUCUUCCUACCAUGUCAACAGGAAGAGACCGUCUGCUGAAGAGCGUGAAGAAAUUUGCUGAUUUUCAAUACAAGAUCUUCACAGCUCGAUAUGGCCAACAGCUCAUUGACAUUUUCGAGUUCCCUAUUAAGCUUGUUCUCUCUCCUUUUACUCUUGCCAUUGACAUUGCUGGCUCUGCUCCACGCGGGUUUGGCGUGCCCGAGUUGGUUUCCAAGCUCUCUUACAUGUCAAUCUUUGCAGUUGCUACCCUAGGGACUUAUGACAUAGCAUUAGAGCUGGGAAAGAAGGUGAUAUGUCAGAGGAACUGUGGAACCUGCAAUGGUUGGCAGGCAUUGCGGUGUACCAUGUGUAGAGGAUCAGGGAGGGUGCACUACCAAGUGAAAAAUUACACCUUGAAAAGUGGAGAGAAGGCAACAGCUGAAUGUGUUGCAGAUGCCAUUGCUGAU